CUUCUUGGUAAUGACUUACAAAUCUAAUUCUUGGUAAUGACUUACAAACACAUGGUCAGAAUGCGAUAAUGGCCGUAGUCGCCACCACGCGGCUGCGGCUGCGUAUCUUUGCGGCGUUAUGCCUGCUUGGGAAUGUUGCCGGUACGUACAUUACAGUUUGUUUUCUCUACUUUUUGGAGUAGUCGAGUUUUUGUUUUUCGCCAUUCUGACUAAGUACUAGUGUCUCAAUUUUUUCUUCAAACUGACACUUACAGGAGGAUUUGUCUACCUUUCCUUACGCUACCUUCUUCUUCUUUCCCUACACUACGACAGUUGUUCUUGACAAACCAAAACAAAGGUGUCGCUCUCUUCGGCUCCCUCGAGGCGGGUUUUGCACGUUUAUUCGGCAGUACUACAACUGAAUCGCUAUUUAUUCCGAGUUCGCUUCUGAAACGGCUGGAGCAUCUGCGCCAGGAUGGUGACCAAACUGCUAUUCAAUGGAUGAAGUCCGCGUAUGAAGGAGGUUCCCCGGCUAAAGAUCCUAUCGUUAUGGAUAUAUCGUUUUUUCAAUUUCAUCAUAUAAUUUCAUCAUAUAACUUCUUCGCACAUAUGAUUUCAUCAUAUAAAAAUGUGAGUCAACCACUCUUCGAGACUGCACGAUGAUGAAAUGAAUCGACACUGCGACCUCUAACUUUCACCUUUUUCUGGAAAAGGGCCUACUCGACCCCGCGAAUGUACCAGGGAGACGCAGAGAUGAGAAAAAUAUAGAUGCUGCGCCCAACACCAACCUUAUGAACAGACAAAUUGAAAAGCAGAUCCAUAUUUUUUUGUAGAUACUGAGAUGCUACUGCUGCAUCUAGUAUACUGUGAGAUUCUAAUAGAUGCAUCUGGUUUCUUUUUCGAUGAUUCCGCAUGUCAUCUUCAGACCUCAUCUAAAUCCUUUGGAGCGCCAAGUUCGAGUUCGACUGGCAUGACGAUUACUCUUAGCAACGUUAAGGCUCUUAAUACCUACACAGAGAAUUAAGUACUCUCAGUAAUGAUAAGGCUGUAAACUACACAGAGAACUUCCAUGUAAUAUAGUUUCUUACAGGCAAUCGAGUAAGGAUCGCAACACGAAGCGGACACGUGACAUUUCUGCUCGAUCUCUCGCACUCUUUUCUCUGCUUCCCCAAAAGCUCACUUAGCAGUUUAUCGCUGUAUAUACGUACCAACAAAUGAACACUGAAUCAUCUUCAAGGUGAAUAAGUCACAUUGAAGUCAACAAGGCCUCAGCGUCCCUAUUAGUGCUGUUGUUCUGGACUUCAAGUCUCUAUUCCAGCAUUUCUAUCCUACUUCUAACCACUGAACAACCGUGAACAGCGACACAUCAGACGCGUGGAUAGUGACGAUUGCGCCAGAUGCCCGGUUCAACCUGCCAUUGGAAGUCGCGCUUGUCCACGAAGAUCCCGAUCUUUCCGAACUAUCAUUGAUAUUAUGACAAGACCACAAGUGUCGCUGGUUAUAAUGACUUCUCUCUUGUUCUAGUUGCUGUGUUGUACAGAUUGGAUUUGGAUUUUCUUGGUUACUUAACUGCGAUCAUUCAAUCACUUGACCAGGAAGGGUUAGACAUGAAGCACAUGACCAUAGCCAUCAAUGCGACUCUAACGAAGUUUUCUCAUAUAAGUAUCUAAUAUAGCCAGCUGAUGGGGGUAUCAGUCGUGCUUCAAUUACGAUUUUGCCUCCAGAUUUGGACGUCGCUGAGAAGCUCCAAGAGGAUGAUGAGUCAACCAUUUUGUUUUUUAUGGCUUCUUCAGUCAGAGCUUUCGGUCUUGUUGAUGUAGCUUGAUUUUUGUUGAAGUCUACUUUAUUUUUAAAUACUAGAAACAUUCUGCUUGAAUAAAGAUGAUGGGACAGGAUAACGUAGAUGAGCUAUUCUAGUAGUGAGCUGGUUAAUACGACCAUGCCUGUCAUAUCUAUUAUAGCAGUAUCUAAAUCUAUUCUAGUACGACGUAGUGUCAGACACGAAAGUAUCAUAUAGCAGCUUUAGCUAUCUCCUCCUCUAAUCUUUCUCCCGAAGGCAGCAAAUAUGUGACAAUCAAUAGUGCGGGUCUUCCGAAAGUUGUAGCUUCGAUACCACCAAACUCGACGUAUGACGUGGUCUCCGUAGUGCCAGCGACCGGCGGUCUACCAACCUCGAUAACGAUACUUUCUGUAGGAGCAGCGCAGAAAAUGAUACGGCUUCCGGGAAUUAUCUUCCAUUUUGAAAGGGAUCUUGGGCCACAUCUGUAAGGGCAAAACAGAUUUUCUGGGGCACCCCUGUGAGGGAAAAACAGACCCAAAGAUGACUUUCGAGAUGUAUUUGAGGAAAAUCUAAGAAUAAUAGAUCCAAAUGCAAGCAGUACAACUACGGUUCCUCAGACUCAGGCUAGUGGAGCAAGCACGGUUUCUCCGGUUCAAGCACCUGUCGUACCUCCUGGCAGUCGUACGGUCACAAUCAAUUCGGCUGGGCCUACUGCUGUAGCCGUAAUCCCGGCGAAUUUGACGUCAGAUGUGAUUGCUGUGUCGCCGGCGAGUGGUGGGCCGCCGUCGUCGAUGACUCUGCUCCCCGCGCCCGCUACGACAGGUGCGCCGACAACAACGGUGCCAGCUGAUGCCGCUCCUGUGGCCGGACGGGGCAGCCGUAUGGCAACGAUAAA